GGAGAAAAGUCCUGAUAGUCUAUGCACAUCAAGAGCCCAAGUCUUAACGGAUCUUUGAAGAGGGUUGCUGUGGAAGAAUUGAGCAAGCAGGGCUGCAGUGUCACAGUGUCUGAUUUAUAUGCAAUGCAGUUCGAGCCAAGAGCAACAAGAAAUGACGUUGUUGGUUGCUUGUACAACUCAGAGGAGUUCGAUUAUGCUGUGGAGACGUGGGAAGCUUACAAGACAGGAAGUUUGUCCAACGAUCUGAUUGAAGAGCAAAAAAAGGUUCAGGAAGCAGACUUACUGAUUUUUCAGUUUCCCCUGUACUGGUUCAGCAUGCCAGCAAUCAUGAAGGGCUGGAUGGACAGAGUCUUGAUCCAAGGAUUUGCUUAUGAUUUUCCAAACUGUUACGAUUCCGGUUUGCUCCAGAACAAGUUAGCCCUGUUUUCUUUCACCACUGGUGGAAGCAGAGAGGCGUAUGCAAAAGGAAGCAUCAGUGGUGAUAUUCGCUAUCUCCUGUGGCCCAUGCAGCAUGGAAUCAUGCACUUCUGUGGUGUCAAAGUCCUCGCACCUCACAUCUGCUUUGCUCCGGAGCAUGUCUCUGAGGAGAAGAGGACAGAGAUGCUGAUGGCCUGGGCCCAGCGACUGAAGACUCUUUGGAAGGAAGAACCCAUAAACUGCUCUCCUGAGUGGUAUUUCAAGUAAUGUUCAGGGACAAGACUACAGAGAGAAGAUUAUUUUUUUCCCUUCCAUUCUUUUUGUUGCUUUAUCUCAAUAUCUGAAUGCUAAAUCUCCUAAUUCAAAUGUAAUAGAAGUAUCUUGAGUACUACAGCUAGCAGCUUAACUGACAAUAUAGCAUUUCUCUUCAUUGAUUCCUCAAGGGAUUCUCUUCAGGAAUGAUGGGUGCAAAACUCUCUCUGAAGAAUCAUCCUUGCUCAUAUAAACAGUGACAUCCUGCCUACAAGUGGCUGAUAACACAAGCGGUAUUUAAUUGCAGAUUAUACCGCUGCUGCUUAUGAAACAGUAAAGUACAUUGCCAAGUUUAUUUUAAUACUUUGUACCAGCUGCCACUUUUUUUUUUUUAUUAUUUGCCAGGGAAUAUGCUGCCCAUAC